AUGCCCAUUUCCAUCGGAAAGCUGUCGCUCUACGUCGCGGGUGCGGGCAUCCGGCCGACGUCUACCAUCCCCAUCUGCCUCGACCUCGGGACGAACAACCAGCAGUUCCUCGAUGACCCGCUCUACCUCGGGCUGCGGCAGCCACGCGUCUCUCCAGAAGAGAUGACCGAGUUCAUGGAGGAGUUCAUGUGCGAGAUGGCCGCCGCGUUCCCGAAGCUGCUCGUGCAGUUCGAGGACUUCUCGACGGACAGCGCGUUCGCGUACCUCGCGCGCUUCCGCGAGCGCUACCCGCUCUUCAACGACGACAUCCAGGGCACCGGCGCGGUCGUCCUCUCGGGCUUCCUCAACGCGGCGCGGCUCGCAUCUGCCGCGUCCGGGCGCGCGCUCGCGGACCAGCGCAUCCUGUUCCUCGGCGCGGGCUCCGCGGGCGUGGGCGUCGCGACGCAGCUGAUGAGCUUUUUCCGCCUGCAGGGGCUCUCCACGGAGGAGGCGCGCCGGCGGAUAUGGCUCGUCGACUCGCAGGGGCUGGUCUUCGACGCGCGCGGGCCGAUGGCGGAGCACAAGAAGUACUUUUCGAGACCGGACUAUUCUGGCCCGCCGAUGACGAACCUGACGGACAUCGUCAACCACGUGAAGCCGACGGCGCUGCUCGGGCUGUCGACGAUCAAGGGCGCGUUCAACCAGUCUGUCAUCGAGACGAUGUCUGCGCUGAACCCCCGGCCGAUCGUCUUCCCCCUCUCCAAUCCCGUGCGGCUCUCGGAGUGCGAGUACAGCGAUGCGGUGGCGUGGUCCCAGGGCCGCGUCAUCUUCGCGUCGGGGUCUCCGUACCAGCCGCUGGAGUACAACGGCCUCUUGAUGCAGCCAGGACAAGGGAACAACAUGUAUGUCUUCCCAGGACUCGGGCUCGGCGCGAUCCUCUCCCGCGCGUCGGCCGUGACGGACAGCAUGGUGGAGGCGUCGUCGCUCGGCCUCGCGGACUCGCUCACCGCGGAGGAGCGCGCGCAGGACCUCGUCUACCCGCGCGUCGAGCGCAUCCGCGACAUCAGCGCGCAGAUCGCCGCGAAGGUCAUUCGCGCCGCGCAGCGUGCGGGCGUCGACCGGAACGAGGACGUCAGGACGCUGUGGGACGACCAGCUGCUCGAGUGGGUGAAGAGCAAGAUGUGGAAUCCGUGA